GGGGUCAUGUUGAUCCUGUCAACGUUGAGUUAGCUAGACGUGUUUUAACAUUUUUUUGCGUGCAGUUGUGACACUUUUAUGUGAAAUCGAUUCUAAGAACUCUUUUCGAAACAAUUUUUAAGCUUGAAUUAUAAGAUGUUUGUAGUCACCGCCUAAAAUCUCUGGUCAGUCGAAUCACUUUAGGUCACGUUGACGGUCUUUUUUUUUCCUUUUUUUUUUAAAUUUCAGUGCGCGUUUCAGCGAUUUCAGCUUUAGCAGUCGAGGUGGCGACUAGCUUCCGUUAUUUGGUGAUCUCCAGGCGGGGUCAAAGACUUAUCCCACUUAUUACUGAAUACCCGCAACAUCGAUUUAUUCGAAGCCCAGUUAUCGGUAGAGUUUUACGAACGAUGUCCGGGGACACGAACACCAUGUACAACGUCAUCUUUGUGUUGGGUGGUCCUGGAGCAGGCAAAGGAACGCAGUGCGAACGGAUCGAAUCGACUUUUGGUUAUGUUCACUUAUCUGCUGGUGACUUGCUGAGAGAAGAGCGUAAAAAGACAGAAUCUAAGUACAAGGAUGAAAUAGAAAGACAUAUUAAAAAUGGCUCCAUAGUUCCAGUAGAAAUCACCUGCUCUUUGUUAAGAGAGGCCAUGGCAAAAAGCCAGAAGCAGAAUUUCUUGAUUGAUGGAUUUCCACGCAACAAAGACAACCUUGAUGGUUGGAACAAAGAAAUGGACAAUGUAGCCCGUGUCCAGAAAGUUCUGUUUUUUAACUGCCCAGAUAAGAUAUGUGUUGAAAGGUGUUUGCUUCGAGGCAAGACGAGUGGUCGAAGUGAUGACAAUGAGGAGAGCCUUAAACUGAGAAUCCAAACUUACAGGGAAUCAACUAUGCCUAUAAUUGAACACUAUCGUCAGUUAAGUUUGGUGGCUGAGCUGGAUGGCAACAAGACUGAAGAAGAGGUGUUUAAUGAUGUCAAACAAGUCUUUCAAGGAUUGUCCAGUUAAAGAUUUGUGAACAUUAGAUCAGUCUGCUAUUACAAGAAAUUUGGGAACGAAUGUACUGUAAAUUAGUUAUUUAAUGAAAAAUGGGUUUCUGAUUUGUGGUGCAUCUUUCAGACUAAGCUACUAUCAUGAUAGUUUGACAAAUUUUGUUUUCUUUUGCAGUUUCUUAUAAUUAUAGUUGUUAAUUUUACAUGAUCAGUAAUUUUUCUUUUGCUGAAUUUAGAACCACCAGAUAGACGUCUAGGUUUUAAAAUAACUAUAAUGUAGCAUACAUAAAAUUUGAAGCAGUGAACAUAUUCACUUAGCUUUAAACUGAAAAUUUAAUAUUGACACUGGACUUUCCUCCCUGGUAGUAAAUAUUAUCCACAAAACAUGAAAGUGCAUUUAGCUUGAAGCGCUAUUUAGGAACAUAAAUCAUCCCAACUUGUUGUCUUGCCAUCAAUGUUGGGUGUAGGUCAAGGAUGUAUGAUCCUUAACUAGGAGUAACCUCUUCUGCCAGUGUGAUGACAGUUGGGGUGUUUGGGAUGGAGUUGCAAUGCAUUCCAAUUAAGGGUAAGUUGAUCACAUUGGUCAAAUCAUUCUUGGAAUGCUGAUUCUGGAGUCCAGUUAUUGAUAGAAAAAAAAUUUGAUAUACAUUUCAGACUUAUUAAAACGUCACAAGAGAUUGGCACUCUUCUCCCCUCAAAUGUCAUGCUGCAGAUUGGUGAAACCUCCCUCUAAAAAGAAAAACCUGGCAUAAAAAUUGUUUCACAUUUUUUUUCUUUACAUUAUUGUUGUAAGACUUUUAUUGGAUGAAUCCUAGAAUAAUUAUCAAAUGAACAUACGCAGAUUGAAAAAAAACUUAUUGAAGAUUGCAGCUAUGUUAAAAAGUAACACAUUAUGUUCAUUUUCAUGUUAAUGUAUUUAAGGCUGUUUUCUUCAUUUUAAAAAAAACAAAAACAAUGGCACAAAUUUCUUAACCCCAUUUGUCCAACAGUAGAUAAUUGUAAAUACUGUAGCUGUCAUCACGUUUUUUAGAAUGCUUGUGCUAACAUAUUGCACAAUUUUUGAUUUCUACUUUAUUGUGGGUGUUAUUUAUCUUUUCCCCAUGUUAUAUUUUGUAUAUUUACACUUUUAUCGCCAAGGGUGUUCCAGUAGUGUGUGAUUCAGCGGGAUGCUUUUUGACAUUGUGAUGGGUCAGGUACUAGCAUAUUUCUGCGUAUAAAAAGAAUUCACAAACGUGUUCCAUGUUUUGUAUAACUUUUCGUUACUACUCAAUCUCUAUUUGCCUGUAGCAAGCUGGUGGUGUGAAAUGGUCAAAUAAGUCUUGCAGCAAGACUGGAUGUACGAGAUUUUUAACACAUCUAACAAUCAAUAGGUUUGGCUUACAAGAAAAUAUUGCAGUCACCAUGCAAAUGUAAUAAUUAAUGUUAAUAAAGCACUUUGUGGCCUACAUUUACAUUUGCAACUUUUGCCCAUAAUCAACAAGAAAUUUUACCAAUGUUGACUGUCUUGGCUAAACCAGUUCAACUGUGAAUUUAGAUAUUGCUUCAUAAAUUGUUCCUUUGUUCCGAAUUAACCACACCAGCAGGUUUUUUUUUCUUUCUUUUUGGGCCGGUCUCAAAAAUUUUAACCAUGUCGUGGGUCGGUAAAAUAAAAUUCGCAGACAUGUUA